ACCAUACCAUAAUCACAUCACCAUCUUCAGCAACACCACAUUCAUUACUAUCAUCCUCUUAAUCACCAUCACCACCACCACCAACACCACUAUCAUCCUCCUGGUGUAAUUUGAGGAGAACUCAGUGGACGGAGAUCAGAGGCUCGGAGCCGGAAGUGGAUGUUUACUUUGUAACUGAUUGUGCGCGUGUUCCGUUUGCGUCAGCGGCUGCAGCCCCGGAGCUCUGAGCUGCAGGAGCGCGCUGCUCUCGGCUCUCUCUUCACUUCCACACGCCGUGUUCCAGCGGGGGGGUUUUAUACGAGAUUACCAUGGCGCUGAUCCAGAGAGCUAACAGUGACCGCUAGCUCUGUGCUCCAUGCCUGGCUUUCUCUCCAGCUCAGUGUGCUAAACCCCGGCUAGCUCCAUGAUCGUGUCUGGUCUCUGAGUCAGCCGUAACACCAGCGGUGUUCACCGGCCUUCAGGACGCCGCGCUGUCCUCAUCAUGCUCCUGCGAUAAACCGCUUUACUUCUAUUUACUGGGUGAUUGAUUGAUUUGCCGUGUCUGGGGUUUGGGUUCAUUGGUUUUAUUGAUCUUGGUGGAAGGUUUCAUGAGAUCUUCGCCUCCUGAGCUGCGCUGCAGUACCGCUUUGAGGGAUCUCCGCUCCAUGAGUGACAGCUGGGCAUUUCAGAUCUCCCUGUAGGAUCACUCUGUAGGAUCACUCUGUGGGAUCUCUUGGUGGGAUCACUCUGUAGGAUCACUCUGUUGGAUCACUCUGUGUGAGACAGAAGGACGACAAUGAAGAAGUUUUUCGACAGCCGGCGGGAGGCGGUGAGUUCCGGGCCCGGUUCAGGAGGCGCCGGGGCGGGAGGCGGCGCAGGAUCCGGCGGAGGAGGCGCCUUCAUCGGCCGCGUUUUCACCAUUGGCCGCCACCAUGUCACAGUGGAGGAAACAGUGGCUGAAGGUGGGUUUGCCAUCGUGUUUCUCGUGCGCACACACCAGGGCGUACGCUGUGCCUUGAAGAGGAUGUACGUGAACAACGAGCAUGACCUUCAAGUCUGCAAGAGAGAGAUUCAGAUCAUGAGGGAUUUGGUGGGCAACAAAAAUAUAGUCGGCUAUCUGGACUCCAGCAUCACCUCCGUGGGGUCUGGAGACGUCUGGGAAGUUCUGAUAUUAAUGGAUUUCUGUAGAGGCGGUCAGGUGGUGAAUUUGAUGAACCAGCGUCUUCAGACUGGCUUCAGCGAAUCAGAAGUGCUGCAAAUCUUCUGCGACACGUGUGAAGCCGUCGCACGACUGCACCAGCGCAAAACUCCAAUCGUCCACCGGGAUCUCAAAGUGGAGAAUAUUCUGUUGCACGACCGCGGCCAUUACGUCCUGUGCGACUUCGGCAGCGCCACCAACCGGUCCCAGGACCCCCAGGCUGAGGGGGCGGCGGCUGUCGACGAAGAAAUUAAAAAGUACACCACGCUGUCCUACCGAGCUCCAGAGAUGGUCAAUCUGUACAGCGGGAAAGUCAUUAGCACUAAAGCUGACAUCUGGGCCCUAGGCUGCUUGCUGUAUAAGCUGUGUUUUUUCACGUUGCCUUUCGGAGAGAGUCAGGUGGCCAUCUGCGAUGGCAGCUUCACCAUCCCGGACAACUCGCGCUACUCGGACGACGUGCACUGCCUCAUACGUUACAUGCUGGAGCCAGACCCUGACAUAAGGCCUGAUAUCUACCAGGUGUCUCAUUUUGCCUUUAGGCUUGCACGAAGAGACUGUCCAGUACAGAACAUCCAUAAUUCUUCAAUUCCUACGAAGCUUCCUGAACCAAUUAGAGCGAGUGAAGCGGUUGCCAAGAAGAGUCAGUCUAAAGCCAGACUCACCGAUCCCAUCCCCACUAUGGAAACCUCAAUAGCACCACGGCAACGGCCUAAAGCAGGCCAGGCUCAGCAGGUCGCAGGCAUGCUGCCCAUACAGCCUGCCCUCACACCCCGGAAAAGAGCCAAUGCCCCGGCAGGACCUACGCAGCCUAUCAGUGUGACCAUUGCCUCUCAGCCACCGAAGCCUCAGCCGCUGGUUCCUGUGGCUCAGCAGCAAGUUACGCCUACAUCCCUGCAGGUCACGCCCACUCCUCCUCAGGCCACACCCCAGCAGGGACAGCUUUUCGUGCAGCCACAAGCCGCUGGUUUUUAUCCUCCUCAGCAGCAGCUGUUACCCCAAGUGCAGAAUUUCUACCCACCUCUUCAUCAGAGCCCCAGCUCAUCUGCACCAUCUGCUUCAUCCGCCCAGGGAAGAACUAAAGCCAAGGCUCCUCCUCCUCCUCCUUCUUCUUCCCUCCUGAAUCCUCAACAUACUCCAUUACCAGCCUUGACGCAAACCAGAACCAAAGCUAUGGCCCCUCCCCCUCCUGUGCAGCAUUCUCAGAUCACACCUGGACACGCCAUAAUGAAAGCUACAGCUCCUGCUCCUCCACCAAACCAUCAGCAGCAGCCGCCAGUAGCUAAUCUUCUCGUUUCUAGCCCACCGUCUACUAAAGUUACACCUCCAUUCCUACAGGGGGCACCAGUCAUGAAUUCUGAGAAGAUGCCAUUUGCAGGUGGGCGUCUGGGCCAUAGAGUGGGGUCUCUGACUCCGCCCUCAUCUCCCAAGGCGGCCCCGCGGGGAGGUCACAGGCGCAUUCUGAGUGACGUAACGCAUAGCGCUAUAUUUGGAGUUCCUGUUAGCAAGUCCACCCAGCUCCUGCAGGCUGCUGCCGCUGAAGCAGGUCUCAACAAAUCCAAAUCAGCCAGCACCACCCCCUCUGGCUCGCCACGCUCCUCUCAGCAGAGUGUUUACCCAGCAGGCGAGGUCGGUACCUUACCUGCUGCCUCUAAACCUGGUUCUGGAGCACAACCUUCCUGGAACCCUUUUGGUGAUGACAACUUCUCCAAAUUGACAGCUGAAGAGCUCCUCAACAAGGACUUUGCCAAACUGGAUGCAAAACCACCAGAGAAGACCUCUACAGAGAACCUGAUUUUAGGAUUACAACCUACAGCCCCAAACAAAAGUCCCCAGUGCACAGAGAAGUUGAUUGAGGGUUUGAAGUCUCCAGAACCUUCCUCCUCCUCUUCUUCCUCCCUGCUAAUCCCUGACCUCCCUCUGAACGACCCCUUUAGUCCUGUAGACUCCAGUCACGCCGUAAUGGAUGCUCUGAUUCCUGGUCUGGAGUCUCUACAUACAGAUCCUGUGUUGCCAGAUGCCCUGGGUGGAGGGGAAUCUCUGCUCGGUGGUCCCCUACUCUCUCAUUCCUCAUCAGAAGUUCAGGUGCUGCCUUCCCCAAUGUCCUCCACUCCUGCACAAUCUUUGGAGCAGUUCAUUCCGGCUCCACUGGCCAGUGCACAGAUUCAGUCCGCGCCGGAUCAAAACCCGGACAGCCAGUUUGACCCCAUUCCAGUUCUCAUCUCUAAAACCCCCAGCCAAGAAGCCAGAGAGGAGACUAACGGCUAUGACACGCUUCUAGAAGGUGGCGAUGCAGAAAACCCAACUGAAGACUGGAUGCACUCCAGCGAUGAAGACGAGAAGACUGGCGACGCCAGGCCAAGCGAAGCCUCGAGCCUCGACUGCAGUGGAUCUAGACCGUUGCUGCAGGACUUUGAUGAUGACGAAGAACAAGACCUGGAUGCUUCAGGAAACCUCCAGACAUCCUUCGACCUUGAACCCAGCGACAGCAAACAGUCGUCUCUGAUUACCACGGACCUGCUGGUCCAGCCCCCUGAUCCGGACGUCUUCUCCAAAGCGCCUUUUCACGUGUCUCAGGAAGCCGACUGCAACAUGGACGUGUUCGCGAAAGCUCCGUUUCCUCGUCCCGUGGCUCCGCCUCAGCAACUGGACGUCUUCCUCCAGGCCCCAUUCGGAAAGAAAAAGGAAACACAGGGGACAGUUUACACUCAUCCAGUCGCACAGUCUGGGACGCAGCGCUCCAACGUGGUGCCUUUAAAUCACGCAAGCCACGAACAGAGCGUCCUCGAUCAAGUGGCCCCGUUGCCCUUUCGACCUCAGGCUUUAGCGAAAUACUCGAGACAUUACGAGGGUCCCGAAGUUACCUCUGACGAUCCGUUUCUCUCCGCACCGUUUCAUCGUAAAGGACCUCAGGAGAAGCAUUAAGGUGGGACUACGUUCUAUUCCAAUCGUUGAUGCAUCCCUUCAUUUCAGACGAUUGUUGGAAGGAUGCAUAAAAUCGUCUACUGGAGAAUACGAAUGCUAAUGUGAAAACGAGAAAACCGCGUGCCAGAGCGAAGCACGUACUUGCUGAGGCGUUGUCUCGAACCUGGAUUGAACUACAGCGCAAACCCAAAUGUCUGUAUUCCACGCCUACCUCGGUUUAUUCCAAUGCUGAGCGAUAAUGUUGAUUUAUUCAUCGUUUUUCAGAUGAGUGUACACUUGACCCUGAAAAAGGGGUGUCUGCUGGAAUGUAAACCUACUUGGUGCACUCUCUUAUUAUAUUUACACUGGUGAUGGAAGAAUUCCCACCGAUGGAGAAGUUCUCGCCUGAGUGUUUAUUGGGCUACGCUUUGGUGGUUGCACAAAUUGAUCGAAUAGCACUAAUAUCAUCGGUUCUUGCUUCCUGACAUGGAUUUUUUUUUCACAUGGGUUUAGCAAUUUUAUUAUUAUUAUAAUCAUUAUUAACUUCAGCACGACCUGAACACGAUGAAAACAUCCGGAGCUUGUACCCCAGGAAUGCUGUGUACGAGGCAGGGCUACUUCCUGGAUGAGACAACUCUCCUCGAUAAAACAUCUCGCACAUCUAGAGACAAUUUGCAGUCACCUAUUCUCCAACCACAAUGAUUUGGAGAGACGGGAGGAAAAUGGAGAACCCUGAGGAAACCUAGCAUUUCUGCCAUUUCAGAGUCAUUUUCCUUUCAGGAUCUUUCACAUGCUGGAUUUUGAAUCAUGUGCAUAAAAACUGAUUGUAGUUUGCGAUUAAAAGUGACACCACGCCGUCACGUGUCGAUGCCGGCACUUAAGCUAUUUGAUGAUUGUACAAACGAUGAUCGCUGAAAUCCGACAAAUAAUCGCACUCCAGAAGACCGAUUCGUCCACGUUGCCACGUUCGAAUGUGGACAUUACGCUCCAUAGUAUUGCGCAGUUCAUCACUUGAACACAUAAAUAUAUACACAUCCAGUGCUGUAUUUCUUCAGGGGAUCAUAAGUUUGGGUUUCAACCCUUGGUUCCAAACUUUCUGUCUGUCUGUUCAUUUUCUUUUUUCCCUCUUCGACUUUGUCAGUCAUUGUUUGUGUGUGUGUACCUUGAAUGCAACGGCUUUGCCUUUGGUAUAAACCUGACACUCCUUUUGUGGGAAAGUGAUGUUAUUUAGGAGGUAUUAAGGUGUGUGGAGACAUGAAAUGUAUUCAUGUUUGAACCUUUUUGAGUGUGUGGCUUUCCAGUCUUCAACCUUUUUUUUUUUUCCCCUAAAAAUAAUGCAAAGAGGUGUGUGUUGAGUGUGAUGCAUCUUGUGUUUUACUGUAUGUAAGGAAUUAAAUAUGACUAGGCAUGCUGUUAUUGCAAUAAAUAAAUAAUCAUAA